UGCUGUUGAUCACACCUCUCAGGCAGAAGGAGUCGAGCCAAUAACAUCAGACGUCGCACCAGCAGGAAAGAAGAUGUUUGCACAAAGACAGACGUACCUGGAGAAGGCCCUGCACUCAGCAGUGGCAGUGCUGCUUCUCCUGACCACAGCGGGGCAAUCUGCAGUUGUGACUGACAACCUCCAGACCACAGCGACUCCUCUGCUGUCAAAUGCAUCUCUCACCACAGAGCUCAACAACAGCAGUAUGGACGAACCUCUAGUGCUGCGCUCACACAGAUCCUGUGGAAGUGAACAUGAAAAUUACUGUGAAAAUGGUGGCGAGUGCAUGUACCCCCAAGACAGUGACAAACCUUUUUGCAUCUGCACGUCCUCCUACAGCGGGACUCGCUGCCUUUUCUUCAGUGACCACACGUACUCUCUGCCUGAGUUAGAGCAACUGAUCGGUAUCAGUUUUGGUGUCGUCAUGCUCAUCAUUAUCCUGGCAAUCAUGAUUUACUGCUUUGCCCAAAGGAGAUGUAUCAAAUCACCACCACUAAUAAAAUCUGCACCAUCUAAGACAUCAGUGUGAAUCAACCCAUUGCUCCUCCUCCUCUUCAUCAUCAUCAUCAUCAUCUUCAUCAUUCUCACCAUUAUUGUCAGUAAUGACGCACAAAGCAAUUAUGAGUCUCUAAAAAGCUUUCUGUACUUUAUUGGACUUUUUCAUUUGAUAUAAAGAAGUCCACUGCAUCAUUCAAACAAACAGAUGCUCUGAAAUGAAAAGACUGAACUGUGUCAGACCUGUUGGGCCUUUUGUAUUGAACAGGGACUGAGACUGAGGGAGAGAAAAUGUUCCUAUUUAUUGUAAUAUAGCAACUAACUUAUUGAAAGUGUUUAUUUAAAGUUUUGUAAUAAAUUCAUGAAUUGAA